CGAGUCAGCGUGCUGCUCUGCGUCUCUACACUCGACCCGACACUCCUCUCCAUCGCUACUUUGGCUUCCCAUGGCCUCUCACCCCCAAAAAGACGGCGCUCCUCCACCCUUUGGCCGCCGUCCCCCGCGGCCGCCGUGCGUCCUCCUUCUCCGGCACCCUCUUCAGUUCUCCCUCUUCAACCGUCCCCUCCCCGACAACUUCCACUUCCUCAAGCCCUGGGAAUCACCGCUCCCCCUUGACGACUUCCUCUCCUCCGACAAUGCCUGCUCCGCCGAGGCGAUCCUCACCUCCGGCAAAGUUCCGGUCACCGCCGACAUGCUCCGGCGGCUCCCGGAGGUCCGCCUCGUCGUCACCACCAGCGCGGGCCUCAACCACAUCGACCUGGCCGAGUGCCGGAGGCGCGGGAUCGCGAUCGCCAACGCGGGGGGCGCGUACUCGGAGGACGUGGCGGAUUUGGCGGUCGGACUGCUGAUCGACGUGCUGAGGAAGGUCUCGGCGAGCGACCGGUACGUGAGGCGUGGAUUGUGGAGUAGUGAGGGUGAAUUCGCACUCGGUUCGAAGCUGGGAGGCAAGAGAGUCGGAAUUGUCGGAUUGGGAAGCAUCGGAUUAAAAGUUGCUAAAAGGCUUGAGGCCUUUGGAUGUGCCAUUUCAUAUCAGUCAAGGAAGAAAAAGCCACACGCUUCGUAUGCUUUCUAUUCCAAUGUCUAUGAGCUCGCCGCUAACUGCGAUGCCCUCGUAAUCUGCUGCUGCCUAAAUGAGCAAACCCACCACAUGAUCAAUAGGGAAGUGCUAUUAGCUUUGGGGAAGGACGGUGUGAUUGUUAACAUUGGGCGUGGAUCAAUUAUCGAUGAAAAGGAAAUGGUGCAACUUCUAGUCCAAGGGGAGCUUGGAGGAGCCGGCUUAGAUGUGUUUGAGAAUGAGCCCAAAGUUCCUGAAGAGCUCCUUGCUCUUGAUAAUGUCGUAUUAUCCCCACAUACAGCUGCUUUUACCCCGGAAUCCUUUUCGGAUCUAUGCGAUCUGGUCAUUGGGAAUUUGGAAGCUUUCUUUUCAAAUAAGCCCUUGCUUUCCCCUGUGUUGGAUGAGUGAACCCGACUGCUCCGCCGGGCUGUAUUGGCUCCGUUACCGCUGCAUACAGUGGUCUCAAGAUGUGUGCCUUGACGGGUGCCUUGAUGGGAGCUGUUUUGCAUUGCUACAAGCGUGACGGGAUGGUAAUAAUACGAUCAUCUCGAAAAGGAGCCAACUCAACUGUCGAUUAUUUUCUUCCCUGCGAUGGUUUCAUUCCUGUUGGAUUUGUUGUCAAUCCUUUGCAGAAUCGGCGAAAGCCAACUGAUU